AUGCGUUUAUCUCUUGCAAUAACAGCCUUGCUGGUCGGUGCAUCCCAAGGAGCACCUCACGCCCCUAUUAACAAUGGCAACGUUGAUCUUAAUAGGCUUGCUCAGCUUCAGCACAAACUGUGGUUUGGCUCAGCAGCCGAUAUUCCUGGAACUGCGGAGACCACUGAUACCGCGUAUCUCAAAUUGCUGAAGAGCAAUUUUGGCGAAGUUACACCUGCCAACGCCAUGAAGUUUAUGUAUACCGAGCCAGAGCAGAAUUCAUUCAACUUUACCGAAGGCGAUCAGUUCCUGGAGGUCGCAGAGAGCUUCGGCGCCAAAGUCCGAUGCCAUAAUCUUGUCUGGGUGAGCCAGCUGUCUGACUUCGUGACAUCUCAAAACUGGACAGCCGAAGCCCUCACUGCUGUGAUGAAGAAUCACAUCUUCAAGACUGUUCAGCACUUUGGUCGACGCUGCUACUCAUGGGAUGUGGUUAACGAGGCUCUCAACUCGGACGGCUCCUUCUCCUCGAGCGUCUGGUACGACACCAUUGGUGAUGAGUACUUCUACCUUGCAUAUCAUUUUGCGCAACAGGCAUUAGCAGAGAUAGGCGCAAAUGAUGUGAAGCUGUACUAUAACGAUUAUGGUAUCGAGAACUCGGGUACCAAAGCCACCGCCGUUCUGCAGCUCGUCAAGAAUCUGCGGGCGCGUGGUAUCCGAAUUGACGGUAUCGGGUUGGAAUCGCACUUCAUCGUGGGCGAGACUCCUUCUCUUGCCGACCAGCUUGCCACAAAGCAGUCUUACAUCAAUGCCGAUCUAGAUGUGGCAGUGACGGAGCUCGAUGUUCGUUUCUCAGCAGCGCCGUUUUACACAGCCGCCGCUCAGCAGCAGCAAGCUCAGGACUACUACACGAGCGUCACCAGCUGCGUAAAGGCCGGUCCUCGCUGCAUUGGUGUGACUGUUUGGGAUUUUGACGAUGCGUACUCUUGGGUUCCCGGUGCCUUUGCUGGACAGGGUGGUGCUUGUUUGUUCAACGAUACUCUUGAUGCGAAGCCCGCGUACUACGCCGUCGCUCAGGCUCUGGAGGAAGAAAGCCUCACAGUGUAG